AUGGAAGGUCUCCGUGAAAUUUUAGCGCCGUUGAUGCAGCAGCAGCAGCAGCAACAACAACAGUUUCAACAGCAGCUGCAGCAGCAGUUUUACGCUCAGCAGCAGGACUUUGUAAGCCACAUCGCCAAGAUUAUCAAAGCUCCGCUUCCUUCUUCUGCAACGGGCAUGGAAACUACAAUGGAGACAUUAGCCAAUUCAAUCUCAGAAUUUGUUUACGAUCCCGAGAAUGGUUUAAUCUUCGAUGCAUGCCUUCGUUCAGCAGCGGACGCUGACAUUUGUAACAAGUUGCUUCAUUUAAUUGACACUAAGCCAGAUUCACUUACAAUCGAGGAUUUAGUCAUUGAAUGCCAGCGUUUGGUUAAUCUAAAACAAGACACUUUGUUGAUCUUUGAGGCGACCAAGAAAGAUGAUAUUUUACAAGAAGCGAUCAAGUACGCAUUUACUUCAUGGCCUCAGAUUGUUGACCAGAAGACUUUGCAACCUUAUUUCCGUAAGCGACAUUCGCUAUCAGUGGUGCAAGGUUGUCUCGUAUUCAACGACAGAGUCGUCGUGCCAUUCUGUUUCCGUUCUCAGAUCUUGAAACAGUUACAUAAGGGUCAUCCUGGUAUCACACGGAUGAAAGUUUUGGCGCGUUCAUACUUCUAUUGGCCAAAAAUUGAUGCCGAUAUUGAAUGGUUUGUCAAGCAAUGCAGAAAUUGUGCUUUUGCUGCAAAGGCUCCGGUUAAGGUUCCUUUGCAAAGCUGGACUCAACCAACGGCACCUUGGCAGAGAAUACACAUUGAUUAUGCUGGACCGUUAAAUGGAGAAUACUUUUUUGUCUUGGUAGAUGCUUUCUCCAAAUGGCCAGAAAUCAUACCCACUCAGUCAAUCUCUGCUCAACAAACAAUUAAUAUACUUCAGAGUAUUUUUGCUCGUUUUGGCAUUCCAGAAACAAUUGUUUCAGAUAACGGAACUCAAUUUAUUUCAGAGAAAUUUCAAACAUUCUGUUUGACAAAUGGAAUUCAGCAUUUGCGUAGCCUUCCUUUCCAUCCUAGUUCCAAUGGUCAGGCCGAACGUUUUGUGACACUUUCAAACGAGGACUCACUAAACUUCAAGCAGGAGGAAACAAUAGCUCUUCUACAAUAG